GGGAGAGGGGGUUGAUAGUGAGGGAUUGGGCCCCACAGUUGGAGAUAUUGGGACACGUGUCGACGGGUGGAUUCAUGAGUCACUGCGGGUGGAAUUCGUGCAUGGAGAGUAUUUCGAUGGGCGUGCCAAUAGCUGCUUGGCCAAUGCAUUCUGAUCAGCCGAGAAAUGCUUUUUUGAUAACGGAGGUGUUGAAAAUCGGACUAGUGUUGAAGGAUUGGGAAAAGAGAGACGAGUUGGUGAGUUCAGUUGCGGUAGCGGAAUGUGUUAAGAGAUUGAUGGAUUCCGAUGAGGGAAAUGAGGUGAGACAAAGGGUUAUGGAGUUGAGAAAAAGUGUGGUGGAUGGUGGUGGUAGUUCUAAAGAGAUGGAAUCAUUCAUUGCCCAUAUCACAAGAUAAUAAAAGUGGUCGGGGGGCCAAAAAUACGUUUAAAAGUAUUUCGAUUUUUUAAGUUUACUACAUGCAUUAUUAGGCAUGAAAGUUUCUAUAUGAACUAUAACAUCAAUUAUUUACUGAAAACACACCUUUUAUAACUAUCAAUUGUUCAUUUUCUUUCAA